AUGAACUGGAAUGUAAGACCAUUCCAGAAUGCUGAUGCAAAGAAGAACCCACAAAGUGAACAAGCGUGUUACACUCAGUUACUUCCUAAUACACAUGCUUUUCCUCAGACAAAUACCUGUUCCUCUAAAAAUGCAUGCAGUUAUGUUGGAAAUAACCAAAUGAUGUAUCUGCAAACUAGCAAUGUAGCUUUGCCUCUUGUAAAUGCUGAAGGACUCAACACUUCGGAUCAGGCCUUACCAGGAGCUGGCAAUGAUUUUUUUAUCUCAAAAUACUCAGUUGAUCAGGGUGCACCAUCCUGGAUACCAAUCGCUCCAAAACCUCCCAAUGAGACAUCGCGUUUGCAGGCAGAGAUUACUCAGACUUCUUGGCAAAAUUCUAAUGCCUAUACUUAUUCCCUUAGAAAGGUACCUCCCUUGUCUUCUCAAGUGAACACUGGAAAUAAUCUGAGGAAUAUGCUACAAGAACCUCAGUAUGUCACCACAAACGGUUACACUGUGCAGCCACAAAUACUGCAGCAUAGUUCUGUGAGAACUGCAAUGUUAUAUCAAAAUAAUAUUCAUUCCCAGAAUAAUUCUGUGUCUUUCGGUACAUCUGGGCAACAUGUCCAACCCCAAAUAUAUCAUCCCAACACUCAGUUUAAAGUUUCACACUCGGUGAAUCGCAGUACUGCAGCAAAUGUACAGCUGCUACAAUAUCAGCCAAGUCAGAUGGGAUCAGAAGCUCCUAGUGGAUUUUCUGCACCAUCUUUGUUGCCUGCCAACUGUGAUUCAAGAGCUGCAGCACAAUCUUCAAUAGGUGUACCACAGGCAGUUCAAAGUGUGCCUAAUGGGUAUGCUCUUAGCCAACAGAGGUGCCCACCAGAUCCAAAAAACACUUCUGGUUUUAAUGGUGUUCAGCAACACUAUCAGAAACAGCAAUCUGGAGAAGUUGGUCACCCAGUUAGGAAUGUCUGUAUUUCAAGUGGAAAUGUGACAGGAAAUCAGCUUUUAAGUGAAAUGUCUGUGACAUCCCCUGGCAUUUCCAAAGAACUGAAUGAUAUUGUGCAAGAAUUGGAAUCAUUAUCUUCGGUGCCUGCUUCAAAGCCACAGAGUGAUCCUGCUUCAGUUCAAGAAAGCCAGACUAGCAGUUUAAUGAAUGGGCCUGUUAAUUCUCAAAGUUCUGCAGCAGCAGUAGAUAGAAGAAAAAUAACGAAGGACAGGCUAGCUUGGGAAGCUCAAAAGCUGCUCACUAUUAAAAAAAAAUGUGUCCUGCUUGAAAGGAUGUAUCAUUAUAAAAGAAAACUCUUGGCAGCAUCAGAACAUGACAAAAGUACUCCCACACGUCUUCCUAGUUAUGAAAAUGCUUUUGCUAAUCGUCUUCCAUGGGUGCCCGACCGAAAUGUACAACCUUCCCCAUCUGAAAUAGUGAGGACAGAGAGUCCAAUAAUUAACUCUACAACUGAAGAAAGAAGUGACAAAAACUUAGCCAGUGCUGGUCAUAGAGGAUUAGAGGUGACUCAAUGUAACCCUCAGGUGGAACAGGGAAGCCUUUCAUCAAGUUCUGUUCCUAUUCCCUCUCAGAGCAAACUCCCAGCUCAUUUAAAUAAUCCUGAGACCACCCACCUCUCAGAACAAAGGGAUAACUUAGUCUCUUCUCAGAAAACUCUGGAAUCCUUGAACAAUGCUUCAUGUUUCAGUCAAGCGGACAAGUCUAUCAAGAUUGUAUCAAAGAAUGUGUCAGCUAAUGCUGAGAAGUCGUCAUUUCUUCAGUUUGUAUUGAGCAGCACAAAUGCAUUGAAAGAGAAGACAGCUGGUGCUACUGCUGAUAAAAUACUGACUAAUCUCCUGUGUGGUGAAAAACCACUGGAGGAUACAUCUGUCUCGGGUGGAAGUUUACUAAAAGACACUGUUGAGAAGAGUGCAGAAAGUUUGAAAGGUAAGCAGGCAUUUAUGGCUCACAAAAAUUCUCCUGUAUCAGAAACAACCAAAUCUAGCAAAGGUAAAUUUCAGGGUGAUGUAGCUCAGGAAAAAACACCAUCUACUGAAAAUGCAUCCUCUAAACAGAACAACUGUAGUUACUCUGUGGAAGAGCUAAAUGCAUGCCUGAGCUUGUGGAAGAAGCAUCCAUCAGGGACCGUAGGCAUGCAAAAUAGCCAGUCAAAUGAAAGCCCCACAGCAAAUCAGACUUCACCUUACAGCCAAACCACGAAAAAUAGAGAACAAAAGAAUGUUCUGGUAAGUACAGAUGAAGCAACUUUGCCUAUAACUGCUUCUGUGGGACAAAAACUUGAUACAUUGAGUUGCAAUUUGAUGAAAAAUUUUGAACUCCAAGUUGCAGUUGUCUCUCCUUUAGUGCUUUCUGAACAGAGAACACAGACGGAGCAGGCAGACAAAUGUCCAACAGCUGCAGGUAAAACCUAUCCAGUAGUUGACUCGGGAAACAGGUGUAGCUUGCAAGAAAAGGGGAAAAGUGGUUUAAGUGUGGUAAAUACUGAUAAAGGAACAAUAGAAACUGCUCACUCAUCACCCAGUGAUUGUGUUCUGGUACAGAAAGUGGACUCAGAUUUGCAACAGACCGAAUUAGCUGAUGGAAACAGAAUGGUAAAAACCAGCGUGAGCACAAAUUAUUCAUAUGAUGAAAACCAAAGGAAAGUUAGUCAAUCUGCACAAGAUGCCAGAGAAAAUUUGCAGCUUGGAUUACAAAACAAGCCUUCUCUUCCUAAUUCUGGAAUACAUUUUUCUAGUCAAAUCUUUCAAGAAGGUGUAAGAGACCAUAAAGACAAGCAGGCUGUGUUAAACACAGGAGAUACAUCCACAGCUAUGUUGGAAGAACAGAUGUUUUGUAUUUCUAGUGUAUGUUCUCUUGUUGAAGGUGAUACAUUUUAUAAUCCACGAAUAGCAAGUAUCUUCAGGUCAGUCCCUGAGACAUAUGCAUUAGAUGGUACCUCAUCAGAAGGAAAUGCAUCUGACCCAAGGCAAAAAGAACAGUGGCUGGACUUGUAUAAAAAUGAGCUGAGCAAUAACACUCCCCAAAGAGAGGGCUUGCUGCAAAAGACGUUGAAAGAAUCAUCAAGCUGCAUGAGUAAAGCACAUGAGAUUUUGGAUGGUAUCAAAACUAGCCAUUUGGAGAAAGAUAGCAGUGGCAAUGCUCUUAAUACAGUUUCUACCUCUGAACAAAAAACCUCAUUGGAUGCAUCUUUCAAGCAUCCUGAAAAUGACUUGGAAAUUCUUGCUAUUAUAAACCAGGAGUUAGCUCAAAAUUCGCUAGACUUCUCAAUCAGUGUAACUGCUGAAACAAACACCUUCACUGUUCCAAGAGACAACAGUAAACAAAAUUGUAUGUCCAGGAAAAAUAGCAUAGAAAAAGAGACGAACAUUUUUGGAGCAGAACCUAUUAAAUGUCUAAACAAUCAGCUGUCUGAACUAGUGAAGGAGUUUCCAUAUGGCAUUGAAGGUACUGAUAAGCUAACGAAAGAACCAGUAAAAAAUGAUUCUGUGAUUGAGUGGAUGGAGAAUCGGCCUCAAAAAGAGACUCAAAUUUGUGACAAGAAUUCUCAUUUGAAGGACCCAAUAGAUCAGAUAAAAAUUUCUUGGUUAAGCUCUGAUCAGAUGCAAAACCUGUUUCCUGACCGUAACCAGUGUUCCUCUAGUGACAGCAAGACAGUAGCAAGUCAACAGUCAGAAAAGGCCUCAGCUGAGGAGGAGGUCCUUGAAGGCAGUAUUCAGCCUGGUCAGAGUCUAUGUGAGAAGAAAAAAGACCCACAAACCCCCUCCAACUCCAGAGAGAAAAAAGAAGAUUGCUCUCUAAUGGAUUUGCCACCUGUAGCAUCUAAAAUGCCACAGUGCCCCUGUAAAUUCGACACAUCUUCUUCAGGGGAAAAUGAUGAUCAACUUUCAAAAGCAGAAAACAGUAGCUCUGCAGAGAGACAAGAAAGCACCAGUAAAUCUGAUGCUGUAAUGAAGAACAACUGUGCAGCAGAAAACCUGCCAAUUUCUGAAAAAAUCCCAAACAAUGUUAGCAAAUAUAAAAAAGAUACUAGCAAAUACACCUCUGCAGCUAGUUUAAAGGUGGAUAAUGAAUGCAAAGCACUUACAACACAACAGGAAAAAAAUGGACUGCUUAAUUCCUCUAAAAACCAUGAUGUUGAGAAAUCUAAAUGGAGCAGCUGGAAGGAUGAACAUCAGUCAGUCUCAGAAGAGUUGUCAGAGAAAGCUGGUCUUGCAGAUAACAUGGCAAAAUCAUCCAAAAAGAAAGAGAGUGUUUGCAAAAUGGAGCCCUUUUCAAAAGAAAAAAACAAACCAGGUUUGGCCAGGAAAUCCAAAACAGAUGUUCUCAAAUUUAUAAAGUCAGAGACUGUUGAACUUGAGGAUGCUGUAGUUAAUCAAGGACAAAAAGGUAAAAGCUGUGAAGAGAACUCAGCUGAAGAACAGAACUGUAGGAAGCAAAAGGAGAUACUUGGGCAAGAUGCAGAAAUCAACACAGAAGAGAAAGCUAAAUCAUCAGCAGAAAUACAAUGUAAAAAGCUGGAUAGUUACUGUGUUGAUGCUAUUAAGUUCCCAAAUUUUGGCACUGUAGACUUAAGAAACCACAAAUCUUGUAUGAAAGCUCAUUCUUCACAGGAGCAGUUGUACAAACGAAAGAGAAAGGAAAAUGUGAUUGGGAAGAGAGAACCUAAGAAAACAAAGGUGGAAGAGGAAAGACUUAAACAGUCUGAAGCAAAUAAUUCCAUGCAGCUUUCACCUAAGUGCAUGAUAAAUACUGACAAAGCUAAAAAAUUAAGUGGAGAAAGUGGCUGGAAAUCAAAGAGUUCAUUAGCAGAUCGCCCUGUGCUUAAACUACAGAGAAAAAGGGCUCAAUCUUCUAUCUCUAAAAACUACUUAUCUAACAAAGAGAGAUGUCUGGAUGGUCAAAACAAUGACAAGUGCUCUGAGAAAGUGUUUCCUGAUAAAAAUCUGCUAUACUUAAAUAGAAGAAAUAACAGGUUAAAAUUGCAUCUUCAAAAGGAACCGAAAAAGCACUACCUGAACAGAGUUGCAUUUAAACGUACGGCACAGGAACGCAUAUAUCUGACAAAAUUAGAGACCUCGCCUGUCAGACCUGUCUGGCAUAGAAAGCCCAAAGCAUCACAGAACAGCUCAAAAGGAAAAAGAAAUGCUUCUCUCGCAGAAGCUGAGAAGUCAUGCAAACUUGGAUUUAAGCUGUGUCCAGAGAUACUGUUCAGGAAUCCAACCACUGACGAAGAAAGCUCAGUCACGAAGAGUUCCCCGGGAAGAGAGAGAACCAUUGUGGCAGGUGUCAAGAGUAAAAAAGAAGAUUGGUUAAAAUGUCAUCCAGUGAAGCAAAAAAAGCUGGAAGAGAUCUCUGCAGCUGAGGACACUAUUCCACUUGAUACAGCUAUACGGAUGCUGGAUGAAGGUGGCAAGGCUCUUCACACCUCAAUCAAAGACUCAAAAGAUAUGUUUCAGACCUACAAGAAAAUGUAUCUGGAAAAAAAGAUGCAAAAACCUUGA